GUAAUUUAAUUUAAUUGAAAGAAAUAUUAAUUAAUCAAUUAUGAUAUUUUUGGAUAUUUGGUGUGCUCGAAGUUUUAAAAGUAGAUGAUAAACAUCUCAAUGCUCGAAAACAAUAUUUCUACAUGUAUCUAUUAUACAUUUUUAUGUGUACUGGUGAACCAAUGACGAUGGUGUCUGCCUCGUGAACCAGUGCUGAUUUAUAUGUUUAAUCACAUGAUUUAUAUGUUUAAUCGUGUUUAGCGUUUUCGAUCGGCCUGGGUUAAUCGCUCCAGGAGCUAUUAAUGACGUCAUAAGUACUGCGAAAUGGAAAAAAUUUUUGCGCCGGACGUAACAUACUCGAAAUUAAUAAGUUAUUAAUAUAUUUGUUUGGUGCAGUAAAUUUUGUCUCAUCAAAAAAUUUAUUGUUCGAAAUGCACCUCACUUGUUGGAAACAAACGAUAAAAAAUAUUUAUAAUUUUUUUCACUAACACGAUUACCCGUAAUAAUCGCGAUUUGGCGAGUAGUUGGUUAACCGGGGAACCGAAUAACCGAAUCUACACGGGAAAAAGUUUGGCAGCAUUGCUGUAUCAUAGGUGGUAGUGAAGCGCCAUCUCGCAUUUAGGACUACAGUAGUGCCGAUUUUGGGUAAUUGGCAGCACUAAGCGCCGGGAGAACUGUUGUCCCUAAGCUGAUGGCUGCACCACUGGUCAGCCCUUGUCCCUAAGCUGAUUGGCGAUUACUGCGCUUUAAAGUUGGGACUGCUGCGGUGCGAGAUUGGGACAGCAGAGCUCCCAAAAUGAGAGAGCUACCGUGUCAAGGGAAGUACAACAACGCCCUCUCAUUUCGUACAGCUACCUAGUUAGUUCUUUUGUAUUUCCAAACUUUUUUCCGUGUAGAAGAACCGAUAAACCGGUUAAUUAUUUGAUACCCGGUUGAUUGUUUGAUAAUCGGUUACACGGUUAAAUCAGGGCAGCGAUCGUGUAACUUUUUCCUUAGGGCGGAAACGUGAAAAGUGAAAAGUUUCAUGUAACUAUCUCUUUCUAUUGGUGUUGAAUAGAAAGAGACAGUAAUUUGAAACUUUUCACUGUUCACGUUUCUGCCCUAGGGGAAAAAUUACACCAUUGAUACCCUGAGCUUUAGUCAUAAGGCCAAUCACAAUUGUUUUGAAGAUUGGAAUAACUGUGAGUGGCCAGUUCUAGAGAAAAAGAACUUGAAACGUGAACCCAGCUCCAGUUCGAAAACGCCAUCAGUUUGGAAUCAGUGCGCAUUUUAACAACUGUAAAGAAGGGUCGACAUAUCGUCAUAUCGCGCAUAAAUUUUUCUCCGAUGAACGACGAGUUGCUUAUCAAGUGUGUGCAACAAUAUUCAGUGUUGUACACUAAUACUAAUAAAAUAUACUUCAAUGAGAUUCACAGACAAGUCAUCUGGCAAGCGAUAUCGCGACAAGUCGGGUACUCAGGUAAACUAUCGAUUAUGCUUUGAUCAUUUAUACAGUGGAAGCGGGGCUAGUUAGAUUUAUAUUAGUUUCAAAUCCUACGUCACUUAGGGUCAAUUGUUCUAACUUUUUGGUAAAUUUAUCUCAGUAAAUAUAUGUUUAUCUUUAUUUAUUUAAGAAAAGAAAUGAUAGACACAUACUUAUCUGGUAGUUAAGUUUACCAAGAAGUUGGAACAACCGAUCCUUAAUCCUGGAUAUUAAUAAUAGCAAACUUUCUAUUAUUCUUUUAUUACUAUUAAAGUCGGGACUGCAAUUUUUUUUUUUUAGUAAAAAGGCGAAGCGUAAACGCGCAUUUAAUUAAGAAAUUUGAAAGCAAAAUUGCUGUAUGAAAGGCAAGAUCGAGAGAUAAUAGAUUCUCGAGAUAAUCCGCGUUACAUUUAAUAAUUCGAAAACACGUUGUUACUUAAUUUAGCGAGAAUGUGCAAGAGGCGAUGGUACAAUAUCAAGCACGAAUACUGGCAAUUUCUGGAAAAACAAAGCAAGACGCAAACCGCGCAACUCGAGAACGUGAAAUACGAAUACGAGGAGCAGCUAAAGUUUCUGCUCCCAUUUCUGAAACCAUUCCUAAAGGACACUCGUUCCCACAUGUGUAAUUUUAAUUUGAAGGAUAACGAUGAGAUGUCGACGGCGGAAACGGCGUCGACGACGAGUACAAGGUCGACGGUGAAGCGCGAUGACAAUCGGGAUUCGCGGAUGUCGCACGACGAGGAAUCUACGGCGACAAACGAACAACAUGAUAAGACCGCGACUAGCUCAUCCGUAGAGCGCGAUGACAAUCGGGAUUCGCGGAUGUCGCAGAUCGAGGAAUCGAUGGCGAGAAACGAACAGCCGCAUGAUAAAAUCGCGACUGGCUCAUCCGUAUUGGAUACCUCUGAAACAAGAGCAACGAUUAACCAAGUCGCGUCAUCCGACGUUGACUCCAACUCUUUCGUGGACAACUUUCUGGCCGUCAUCGCGCCGACUUUGAAGUCACUAAAUCUCUAUUACUUGAACAUCGCCAAAUCCAAGAUAUUCUCGGUUGUGCAAAAGAUGGAAAGGGCCCAGAUGAAGCGGCGGAAAAAAAGGAAGCAGCGGUCCAGGUUUGGCACAGAAGCGUUCUCUAAUCACGUAUCGUCGUGCGAUUUCUCUUUUUCAUCUGAUUAGUCGGUGACACAAAUUCAUCGCAACUAGCUAACACAUAUAGACCUAUUACUUAGUUCGUAACUCGAUAACUGGACUUUAGCACAAGGUUGACUGUUUGUAAUGUUUAACUGAUGACUGUUUCACUGAUUGUAAUGAAACUUCGCAAAAUGUAAUGAGUAAAAUGUUUAUUUCUGGUUGUAACGAUACCACGUUUUGUAGGCGAACGGUAAACUGUCGAAGAUUAGCGCUAACUUUUGGUCUUACAUCUCGCUUUAAUUGUUUCAGCGAUAUAUGCAAUUUGUGGUUCUCGCAAAAAUGGAUCACUCGUUGCUGCAAAUCCUUUCACAUUGUUUGCGAUUCGAGGUUUCAUCAUUUGUACAAUAUACAUAUAUGUAUAGCUCUGUAUGCGAGCGACGCGAAUUGACACGUUGUUGACUCGAAGCGAUUCGUGUAUCCUUCGAUUCUGUCGAAAAACCGUUCCGUCGGCGAAUCGGCACGAAUAGUAAACAACGAAUGCAAACUGACAAGGGAAGGCUGUGGAAACUGCCCCCCCCCCUACCCCGUUGAUUUUAAUGAAACUCAACAAACAUGUAAAUGAGGUAAAUGAGAUCAACGUUAAUCGAUAUAUGUAUAUAACUACAUUUUUUAUAUUUACAAUAAAUACACGUAUAUAUGUAAAUAUACAUUUUUGUGUGCGUGUGAUAAAAUAAAUGUAUACUAUGAAAUAGUAUUUUAUGAACGCAUACCGGAAGCCAUCCAAAGCCAUGAGGUAUGGAUUACAAGUGAAUAAUUGAUCGGUAAACCUAGAUCUCAUUUAUCUUAAAAACAAUUUCUCGUCUGGCCCGAAACGGGCGGAGAAAUCCGGAGACACGGUACGUCGAGAGUCGUGUAUCGAUGCUAACCGAUGAAACAAAUAACGCAACAUGAACGGGAAGGCGGGAAGCCGGCCGAUAUAUGACAGAAAAAGAGGUUCAAAGGAGUGUCGGACGGUCCUUUUGGCGCGGAGAAGGGGUGGAAAAGAAAAGGAAAGAAAGAGAAAUUACGGGGACAAACAGAGAGUCUGCACACAGCGUAGAGGACUGGUUGCGAGAAGCGUCGGCGAUUCGUCACGAUCUCCUUUGCGAAAUGCUUCACGAGUUCGCAAAAGCACGAUGCACGAGCAACCUAAUGGUUGCGAACGAAUUGUUAGGCAGUAACGGUUACGGACGAUUAUUGCGACAGAUACGGGUAUGAUAACAUGCGAUGCAACAUUGAAACGUGAUACAGAAAUGCUUCUGAGUCACCUUAUUACGCGGCGAAUAAGGAAGUAAUUUUUUUUCUUCGCAAACGACAGUUAUUCCAAAAAUGCGUGACAAUUUGCGAAGAGUUCAUGAAAACAUGACGAACGUCACAUUUUUUUAUAUCGCUGAAAAAAUUGUAACAACGUAGCGAAAAUUUGCACUACGUGUUGUCCACACAGAGAGAAAUAAAUGCAUUUUGUUUUGUACUCGCGCGCUGAAACGCGGCCGUCUCUUCUCGUUUAUCUAUAAUGGAACGUUGAUCGUGUUUAAUGUCAGAACAAGAGAUUCAUUGGGUUGGACGCGCGUUGGACAGGUAACGUUUGCAUCGCGGGGUGCAUUGUUUCGUUCGUAGAAUACGGGGACCGACGUAGAUUGUAGAUCCAAUAUUUUCGAAAUCCACCGGCGGCAACACACGCGGUCAUCGCGUGCGUAGGUAACAGUCGUGCGUGCCUGACGCAUCGUUCUGCGUACGGGGUGUCCCCGCCGGAUGCCCCUUCGACUGCAAUUUGAGGACAAGUUUCAAGGCGAUUCGUUCUUGCGACAAAAACUCAGCGCUGUUUCACGAGUUUAGCGAAAAAACGAGAUUUCCUUAUCAUUUUACGCGAGCUUAGAUUAAAUUUCUUCAAUUCUUGACUUUAAUUUUUUUUUAGUACUGUAAUUGUCACGUUUAUACACCAUUUUUUAAGACAACGGCUACACCAAUACUUUCUAGAAAUGUUGAAACAUUUUAGAGUAAGAUUCAUUGAAGAAUUUAUUUACUUUUAAAAAUAAUGCAAAUUAAUUAAGAAGUGUCACGACUCAGUGUGUGUAUGAAGAAUUAAAUUUCUUAAGUCUUA